UAUUACAAAAAUAUAACAUGUUUAAUCAUUUUUAUACUAAAUACUCACAUGAUUUUUACUUUAAUAAUUAUGUUGAAUUUAAUGUGGAUAAUAUCUAAUUAUUGGAAAAUAUGUGGAAUGUUUUCUUUAGAACUAAAUUACAAUAAUUAUCAAAUUUUGUUUUCAAUCUUACUGUGCGUUUCUUGUUUAAUUACUUUUUAUAUAAACCCUAUAGACGUUUGUGUAUUGGAUGGAUGGUGUGAUGAUAAACUGUCUAUUGCAUUGCGUAGAAUUUAUACAAUAGUGCUAAUCUGUGCAAGUUUAGUUUCUAGAUUAAUUAUGUUUUAUAAAGUGAAAAAAUACUUAAAAUUUUACAGAAUAAACAAUGAUGCAUAUAAUCAGCGAUGGCCAAUGAAAAUUAUUUACCACUAUCGUUUUCAAUUGUAUUUAAGCUUGAUGAUAGCAUUUUUUUUGAUAAUUAUAAUUCCAAUUAAUAUUUCACGACUAUAUUUGAUAUAUAAGUACAACCCGAGUAUUACAAAUAUUGCAAUUAUUGGCGGAUACGUACAAAGUUUAAGUAUAUGUUGUAUGGAAUCACAUUUUAUUUACAUAAGUUUCUCAAUUUAUUUAAAAUUAUGCAUUAUAAAUGAAGAGUUAGGGCUUUUAAAAUCUAAAAUAAUGGUAGACAAUAAAUACCCUAUUGCAUUGCGUUCUAACGAUUUUAAGACUUUGAACAAUAGAAUAGUUAUUAAGAAAAAAACUGUCAAUAACUUAGGGAUGGCCUAUUCAUUGGAAAUACUUCGAAUUAGACAUGGUUUUAUUCGCAUUGCUAUCAACGAUCUGAACAACUUAUUCGAUAUACAGUUAGGACUUUCAUUAUGUGUUUUAAGUGUAAUGAUUUUAUUUAACAUGUAUAACGAAAACUUUCAUGCAAGUGGAACAGUAACCAGAUCAAAAUUGAUAUUUUAUGGAUGGCUUUUCCAAUCUGUUUUUAGAUUUGUAUUAAUCAAUAUUAUAGCCCAUUAUACAAUCCAGGAGGCACUCAAGGCAAAAAUACUUAUCACUGAUAUGAAUAACCGAUAUCUGGAUAACAAUUUUAAAUAUGAAUUACAGUUAUUUCUAUCUCAGAUCAAUAAUUCUUCACUGGAUUUCAAAGCUUACGAUUGUUUUAACUUAAAUAUUCAUCUUAUAACAUCAGCUAUUACAGUCGGUAUUACUUAUCUAUUCAUGUUAAUUCAGUUUCGAUUAAAUUCUCAUGACGUUACGAGAAAAUCAUAAAAAAAAUUUUAAUUGUUGUAUUCAUGCUUACAAUUUUAUGAAUGCAUUAUACAA